AUAUUGAUUGUCUAUGAAAUUGGCGUUGUUCUCGUUUUUCUGACGUAAAGAAGACGCCGGCUUUGGCGGUUUAUAAUUUUUGCAAUUAUAACUUUAUUACUCCUAAGAAUACAAUAUAAAAAUGGCUUACAAGGGCCCACCAAAAGUCCAGAAGGUGAUGGUACAACCCAUCAACCUUAUCUUCAGAUAUUUGCAAAACAGAAGUCGAGUACAAAUUUGGUUGUACGAGAAUGUUAAUUUGAGGAUUGAGGGACACAUCGUGGGUUUCGAUGAAUACAUGAACAUUGUACUGGAUGAUGCUGAAGAAGUUCACAUGAAAACGAAGAAUAGAAAACAAAUUGGAAGAAUAAUGAUGAAGGGGGACAAUAUAACGCUCAUCCAAAAUGUGAAUCCUAAUGCCACAGUGUGAUUUGUUAGGUUAUAAUAAACAAUAGUGAAUAUAAGAAUUAAUUGUGAAAAUUGUGACACACGAUUUCUAUUCUGGUAAUUUUCAUUAAAUUUUAAGGUCCA